GGAAAGAACUGGAAAUAUAAUAUAUUAACGUCAAUAGUACUUUGUGUUUACGUUUUGUAAUUCAUCUAUUAUAAUUUGACAAAGCAAAAUAAAUCUACUUUGAUUAACUCAUUUCUAUUAUUAUUACUGAUAAUGGCACAAAUAAAACAAAGCAUAUGUUUAACAUUACCUAAAAGUAUAACAAAACAAAUUAGUACAUGUGAAAAUAGUGAACAAUAUAUCACGAAUUUUCUACAAAAUGCAUUGCCUUCCUCUGAUACUGGUUCGGUAGCAGAUGAAUUAAGAAAGUCACUAAUAUUUGCUAAGCAUAAAAAUAAAUGGAACAAGAAAAAACGAUGUCAAGGAAAGUUAUUAACUAGUAGGAAACGAAUGCAGCUUGGUUUACGUAAGAUUAGUUGCAAAAGUGAUAUGAAAUAUACAGCAUUGUUACCAUUAAAUCAGUUAUGGUUAAAUUAUAUGGAACAAGUACUUGGCUUCAAGUUUUUUAAUAAUAUUCCAAAAGAUUCUACAGAUCCAAAUUGGGAAAAUGUUAAUCAACAGUUAAUUAAAGCAGAUUUUCAUGGUGCUGAAAUUUCCAUUGUUGGAUCAAAAUGUCCCAGUUUGGUUGGAUUAAGUGGCAUUGUAGUUCAAGAUACAAAAAAUAUUUUCAGAAUUUGUGGAAGAGAUAAUAUUAUGCGAACAAUACCUAAAGAUAAUGUUAUUAUAAAUAUUUAUUUAAAAAACAUAAAAUUGGAGUUCUUCGGAAAAGAUCUUUCUAUAAGACCUACCGAACGAACAAUAAAAAAGUUUAAAUGUGGACGUAUAUACGAACUAUAGUGAAAUCUGUUGUAAUUUUUGUAAAAUUAGAAAUAAACUUCCUUUUUAAUAUGUACAAAAUGAUUAAUAUAUAGAAUAUUUAUCCCGCAAAAUAUUAUGCUAGAUGGGGCAAUACCAAUUUGCCCUACAAAAAAAGUGAAAAAAGAAUUUUGUUGAAACUUCCAAAGAAAAAGAAAGGAGAAGAUUCUAUUUUCAAGAAAAUUGAUUUUAAAAAUUCAUUGAGUAUUCAUACAUAUGAUUCAUAAAUAUCACCUGCUGACUGAGUAGAUAAAUAUUGUGCUAAUAGGAUAUAUAUAUAUACACAUAUAAAACAAAUAUAUUACUUUUCGAACAAAAAUAAUUAAUUCUCUCAUAAACGAGAAUUUUUUUUAAUAAAUUCCUUUUUUUAAUAAAAAAAUCUGGUCACCUUUGACAUAGGAGUAUAUGUACACAUAUAUAAAACAAAAAUAUAUUCCUUUUCAAACAAAAAUAAUUAAUUCUCUCAUAAACGAGAAUUUUUUUUAAUAAAUUCUUUUUUUUAAUAAAAAAAAUCUAGUCGCAUUUGACAUAGGAGUACCUGUGAAAAAAAUUCUAAAUAGAAAUAUAUAAUAUGUAACGAAGAAAUACAUAUAGGAAUAUAAAAUUAAUGUAAACUGUGUAUUCAAUUCAUACAGUUGUUUAUUGAAAUAAAUUUAAUAGCGACAAAUGUCUCACAUUUUAUACUGACUUUCAACAUUACAGACAUGUGAUUUUGAUCAUGUAUAUGUAUAUUCGUGUAAUUAACAACCAAUUUUGGUAUAUUUAUUUCUAAAUUUACUAAUAUUUUAUUUUAAUCCACAAUAUUCAAACAAUGAUACAAUUACAUUAUUAUCUUUUUUGCAGAACGGUAUUAGAUACAUUUUUCAAUCUACAUUUUCAUUCGUUAUAUAAUUUUAAUGAAAGUGAAGUGAUUAUUGGGAAUGUUACAGACUCUUCUUUGUAUUAUCUAAUUUUAACAUCUUUUAUUUAAUAUAUGCAGCUAAAAUUACUGCAAUCGCUAAAUAUCAAACGAAAGUUGCUCACAAUGAUCAGUAUCGUUAUUGCAACAAACAUUAUUCAAAUAUUUGAAUAAUAUUCUGUUACAUUAUCAUUGUGAUAUUAUGAUUUUCCAGUUUUCAACUUUUGUUUCAUAUUUAUGAAUAAUGAGAACAAUUUAUAAGUGCAUAUCUCCUGCUCCUUUUGAAAUAUGUGACAGAAGAAAAUGUCACUAAAAAUGUGUUAUGCAAUAAUGUUGCUCCUUUAGGAACAUUGAAUGUAAGAUAUGCCAGAAAAAGGUACUAUUUUUUCCGAUAUACCUUUUACAUCUUGUAUUUGAUCCUGAUUUAUUAGUAGAGCAUUUUAUACAGACAAUAUGAAUUACUUAAUGAACAGAAACGUCAACAAACACGAUUCUGUCAUUCUCUACAUAUGUAUCGGAAUCUGACUACCCAACUUGCAUUAAUACUUGUAAUGUCAUUAUACAUUAAUACAAUUAAUAUACUGAACAAUACAUCCAAAUAGGAUACUAUACAUACAUUAUGUAAACCAAAUACAAUAAGUAAAAAAAGAACUUGGUUAUAUUUCUAAAAAAAUGAACGCGUUAAUAAAACAAAAUUGUUACUUAGUUCAUAUAAUUUUAUAACACCUCCGAGUUUUCUUUACAAGUGUUAUAAUACUUUAAUAUAACGUGUACAAAAAAGAUAAGAUUAUAAUAUUGUAAGCCAGCAUAAACAAGUCUCAGUACAUAUAUCCAUACAUCAAUAUGACGAGAUCGUUAUAAAGUUUGUUAUAUUUUCAAUGGAUUAAAUAUGUUCUCUGUCUAGUGAGAAUAUAUCAGAGAGCUACCUUUGUUAUCAUUCUUUUUUCUUUUUUUUCCUUUAGGAAAGCAUGUAAUAUUACUAUUCUAUACUUCACAUUUUGGCUGCCUGAUCAAAUGCUAAAUUUGUUAUUUAUCCAUGCCACAACAAUAACACACACAGAUACUAAACUUAUAUACUGACAGACAUACAAACGUAUCUCAUAUCAUACUAUAUUUAAAUUUCUAGAUACAUUACAUACAGUUUACAGACUUCUCAGCUUUAUUUUGCACUGUUGUUAUACUGAUGUACUGAUAUAUGCCGCUCUCUUUAAUUUAUCUUGUUAGGUAUUUCGAGGCUCAUACAUUUGACUGUGACAACAACGUUUUCAUUGAAUCUAAAUAAAUAGAUCCUUUAUUUUAUUACUACAAAUUAUAUAUUAGAAUAAUAUUUUCACCAUAUUUCAUUUUCCAUUGGAUGGACAUGAAUAUAUGUUAGUUUUGAGUACUUAUCGUUUCUCUUAAUAAUCACUUAAAUAUGUUUAGCCCAAUUUUCUUCUUUUCUUUUACCAAAAAGGAAGCACUGUGUAAUUUCAUGACACAUUUAUUGAAUUGAAACUUACAAAUAUUUUUGUUUAAUAUUGUUAAUUUUAUAUUAUCUUAAACUAAAACUUCUUUCAAUACUUAAACAAAGGCACGUACGUACGCAAUACAUCGAUAUUCCGGUGAAAGUAUGUUGAUAGUUACUUUAUGAAGUAACAUAAAAUAACCCAAUUCAAUUGGUAGAAUGUAGAAUGUUGCAAUAUAAUAUGGAUUACUAAAAUUAUUACUAUUGCAUACUCGUUUAAACAUUCGUUAUACGAUGUGAAUUCGCAAAAUAUUUAAGUAUUUUUUUUGUU